AUGAAUAUUGACUACUAUGGACGCAUCGCGGAGAAUCUCCAGUUCAACAACACCCCAGUCAUGAUCGCAACAAACGCAUGCUUCAUAGUCGGCUUUCUACAAUACACAUACGCUAUAAGACUCCUCAUCCGCGAAGGUCAAGGCCCUAUACCCUUCUGGAUGCAGACCUUUUACGUCGCUCACGAAUUGACAUUUGUUUACCUCUUCGCCGAGGCGGCACCCCGCUACAAUUACCACUGGUUCUUCGUGUCAACCUCAUUUUCACUGGCAGUAUGGGCAGUUCUUGAGAUAUUCUGCAUGUGGUAUACCAUCCAAAGCCCAAAAGACCGCAUCGCUACCUUUUCACCUCUCUUUGGAAAACAACCCGCUACUUCCUCUAUCCUGACAUACACUUUCUUUCUGCAGCUCGCCAUGUUUGCAGUGGUCUGGAUAUUGAUCGAAUUUCUUGGUACCGGUAGCUUCAUGCUCACAGGAGCGCUCACCAAUGUCCUUAUGAUCGUCGGGCCGACGCACGAGUAUCUAUCUCGUGGUUCACGAAACGGUCUGUCGAUCGGGUUCUGUCUUACCAAUGUGGCCUGUGCGAUAUAG